CUCCCCAACCCCAUUCACCCCGCCAUCUUACUCAAGGGUCAUGUCCACAUCAUACCCAGAACAUGUACCUUUUGACCCUGCCAGUGUUGAAAGUAUGCCCCCUGCUCCAGAGCUGCACCAAGCUGAAGAUCUGGACACCACGUUUCACGCACCCAUCCCAGACGGAGAGCUAGUUGAUAUCAUACAGCAACAUCUCAUACUCGGCAGCGAACCAUUGACCUUAACGCAAUCACAAAGUCCAUUUCAUAGGCCAAUAAGCGUAGCUUCGCCUAGGAUUGACUCUGACCGCAAUGAAAUUGAAAGUGUUGUCACCCCUUUUCAUUUGCCUGGAACAGCCAUGACCAACGAUAUCUACAAGAUGGCCAACGAUUUGGUCCAGCGCAACCUCUUGAGGAGAUCUAGAUCUUUAACGGAUGUAAUGGAAUACCGAAAGCAACAGCUUCACAGCGAUCCAGCAUUGCAGAACAUUAAUAAACCCGGUGGAUUUCGUCGUUAUUUUGUACAUCAGCACGGCUCCGAUACACCUUCGGAAGAUGGCUAUGCUUCGCCAUUACAACGAUACACCUCUAUGAUGGAUCACGAUAUCGAUAACCUCAACCCACCUAGAGAAUUCAAACGAACCCGACACUUUCUAGAGUUUCUGGCCAUGGCACAUAUUAGUAUUUUUGACAAUUUCGCAGGCGAGGAUCUUGAAGAUACCGACGACGACGUACCAGUGAGUGAUGAAGAACAAGCUCGUCUCUUACCUGUGCGCAAUACGCAGGUGGUUGCUGGAUCGACCAACGAAAGAACUCCGCUGUUGCGAAGAAAAUCCUCUCAUAUGGGUGAUAAAAGUACGGCCUCAGAAACCAAGGCGAUCUUCCUUUUACUGAAGGCAUUUAUUGGCUCUGGUGUUCUUUUUCUGCCUCGCGCGUUUUCCAAUGGUGGAUUGCUGUUCUCUUUUAUUUCCAUGUGGGCUAUGGGCGCCAUAUCCUUGUUUUCGUUUUUGCUCUUGAUUGAGUGCAAAGACCAUGUCUCUGGCAGCUACGGUGAUCUUGGUGAAGCACUCUAUGGACCUUGGAUGAGAAGGCUGGUACUUUUUUCUGUGUCUAUUUCUCAGGGAUUUGUGGCAGCAGGAACAACAUUCAUAGCGGAAAAUGUACAACAAGUGUUUACAGCUGUGAGCCAUAAUGCUAUCCGUCCAUCCGUCGAGAGCAUCGUUGCUAUCACCGCCCUUUUGAUGAUCCCCCUUUGCCUCAUCCGAAACAUAGCCAAACUUUCGCUGAGUGCUGUAAUCUCGGACUUUCUCAUCUUGUUUGGUCUUUUAACCUUGUUAUAUUACGAUGUCUUGAACCUUUUCUUUACCAAGGAUCCCGAACAGGAACACCGCAUUAUUACUCCAGGACCUGGCAUUUAUUGGUUUUUCAACAGUGCGCAUUUUUCAGUGUUUGUAGGCACAUGUGUAUAUAGUUUCGAAGGUGUAGGUCUCAUUAUUCCUAUUCGUGAUGCUAUGGCACGCAAGGAACGCUUUCCUUUUGUGCUCACGCUCGUCAUGUUCUUGGUCGCAUGUAUCCUAAGUGUCAUUGGAAGCAUGGGUUACUUAGCCUUUGGCUCUGAAGUACGGACGGUUGCUCUUCUCAAUCUUCCAGACGGACCAUUGAUCAGCACCAUUCAAGCACUUUACGUUAUCGCCAUUCUUCUCUCCAACGUUAUCACGAUUUUCCCCUCUAUUCGUAUCAUCGAGCAAGCAGUCUUUCAGUCAAAGACAGGAAAAUAUAACAUGGCCGUCAAGUGGCAAAAAAAUACGCUUAGAACGGUUGUCGUCAUCGUCACUUGCCUCGUUGCGUAUGGAGGAGCAUCUGAUUUGGACAAGUUUGUCAGUUUGGUCGGCUCCGUUUGUUGCUGUCCUUUGUCACUCAUCUUCCCACCCCUAUUUCAUUUGAGAGCGGUGCCUGCUCUUCCCAAAUGGCGAUCUCUCGCCGACUACACUUUGAUAGUAUUCGGUACCGUUGUCAUGUUCUUUACCAUGUACAGCACCGCCAGUCAAUGGGCUAAAGGCUCAUAAUGUAAUUAGCGCGCAGUCAUUUUCUUAGUUUUGUUACCCCCACCCAUCCCCUCUUUUUUGGCAGUCUCUCAUCCUAUUACUUCUUAUUAAUUGUUCACUUCAUUAUUGUAAUCGAUUUUGAUUUUUCUCUCAAAUAAAAAGUAUGAUUUAAUAAACAUGGGUCUACAUAGGGAGGAAAACAGGCCAUGUUAUUUCUAUUAUUCUGUACAAGUUGAGGAACAGACUAAGGUUUGGUAUAUGCAUUAAGUCUUUUUUUUUUUUUCGAGGCGGUGGAUCAAGCCACUUAGAAACA